AUGUUAUAUCCUUAAGUUAUAAAGGUAGAUUUAAUCAUCUUUAUAUUAAUAGGUUAUUGUUUAAAAUCUCUAAAAUAAUAUGAUGAAUCUUUAAAAUUUCUCAAUCAAGCAUUGUCCAUCAAUCCUAACCAUACCUUUAGUCUUGGUUACAUAGGUAUAAUUUAAGUUAUAUUAAGGUAAUUGCUUACAAGAUUAAGAGAAAUAUGAAGAAGCUCUGAUAUAUUACGAAAGAAAAUUAAAGAUUUAUCCUAAUGAUUAAUGGACAAAAAAUUAAAAGGGUAUUCUUCUUUUCUAAAUCUAGAAUUUUGUGAAAAUCAAUUGAAAAAGUGA